AUGAAGCUACUGCACAUGGAAAAAUCUUUCCAGGAUCCGCGAUUAACUCCCAUUAACUACAGCCUUGUAGCAAAAACUUCUAUAUGUGCUGAAGCUAAAUUUAUGGUGGUCGUUCAUGUGAGAGCCAACGAUGCUAUAUCUAGAAGUUCAUGGCGCCAUACGUAUGGUAAUCCUUUUUUGAGAGAAAAGUAUAGUUAUGGUCUCCUCUUUUCUGUUGGUAAACCAAGUUCUCUGAAUGAUCAAAAGGUUAUUGAAGAGGAGAGUGUUCAGUAUGGUGACAUUCUACAAAUGGAGUUCGAAGAAAGCUACCGAAACAUAACACUAAAG